GAUGGAAAAUGAUCUUUUUCUGAUUGGCCCGGGUCUUGGAUGUUUAUCUAUAUAUGUAUUUGUUAUAAAAUAUAGUAUCGUUGAGUUAGUAUCCCGUAACACAAGUCUCGAACUUACUUUGGGGCUAGCUCAAUCUGUGUGAUUUGUCCUAAUUUAUAUUUAUAUUUAUAUUUAUUAUAUAUGAUAUCUUAAAAUUGCCUUGAGAAAUACAUGCGAGACAUACAUGCGACCUUGGGAAAAGCUAGUUAAGUUAGAAAAUUAGUGCUUAUCGUACCAUGAUACAAGCCCCUAGCAUACUUAUAACUGCACAUAAUUCCACAAUCACAUUCAACAAAUUGUUCAAAAUUCGACGAAGUUUUAAGUAAGUAUUUUUAACCUCUAUACCGGUAUAAAGAUUACAUUUCGACAUGCUACGAAAUGAAAAACAAAUAUGACAGUUCAUACACCAAAACAACAAGUUUAAUUUAUUUGUAAACAAUUGUGAUUUAUUUUAAUCUGUUAAAUAUUUUAUUAGUGAUUUUGGAAAUAAUUAAAUAGAAUGCAAAAUUUUAAUAGAUUUUUAUACAAAAUAAUCUCCCAUCGCCGUCGUUUAUCAACAAGCUCACCACUGUACGGACAUCGAUGGUAUCCAGAUACGGAUUUCAUUAAACAGUUCGAAGGAAAUGUCAUGUUUCCGUCAGCAGACACAGAGAAGUUUUACAUAAAGGUUUACAAUUCAAUCUUGAAACCAGCUGAAAGGAAACUUCAGAAUAUGUGGAUAAAUUUUGGUCCUCAACACCCUGCCGCUCACGGCGUGCUGCGCCUGAUCUUGGAGCUGGACGGGGAGACCGUGGUCAGGGCUGAUUCGCAUAUUGGUUUCUUACAUCGAGCGACGGAGAAACUCAUGGAAAAUAAACAUUAUAAUCAAAGCUUGCCGUUUAUGGAUCGCAUGGAUUAUGUGUCUACAAUAUCAAAUGAAGUCGGCUUUUGCAUAGCGAUUGAAACUUUAAUGAACAUCGAAGUACCACCAAGAGCUAAAGCUAUACGUGUAUUGGGCAGUGAACUUUGUCGUAUCGCAAAUCAUUUGCUAAAUAUUUCAGGCACAAUUCUUGAUGCUGGUGGUAUCACACCUUUCUUUUGGAUGUGUGAAGAAAGAGAAAAAAUUUACGAGUUGUUUGAAAGACUGUGUGGCGCUCGUGUUCACUGUGCAUAUGUGCGGCCCGGGGGAGUGUCUCAAGACAUGCCCAUAGGGUUCAUGGAUGACGUCCAUGAACUGUGCAUGAAAUUGGGUGAACGUUGUGAUGAAACAGAGGAUGUAUGUACUGGCAAUAGAUUGUACUAUGCAAGGACCGCUGGUAUUGGAGUAGUAAGUGCUCAUGAGGCCAUUAGUUUAGGUUUUACAGGGCCAAUGUUACGUUGCACGGGAGUUAAAUGGGACUUAAGAAUCUCUCAUCCUUAUGAUGGUUAUGAUUUGUACGAAUUUGACGCAGUAGUAGGAACUUUUGGAGACAGCUACGAUCGUCAUUUGCUUCGUUUGGAGGAAUUACGACAAUCUCUGCGAAUUAUUGAUCAAGUGAUAAAUACGAUGCCAGAAGGCGAGGUGAAAACAGAUAAUUCCAAAGUAUGUCUCCCGACUAGGAAGGAGAUGAAAACGUCAAUGGAGUCGCUUAUUCAUCAUUUUAAGUUAUGUACCGAGGGGUAUCCUGUGCCACCUGGGACCACUUAUAGUGCCGUUGAAGCUCCUAAAGGAGAACUAGGCGUAUACAUGGUGUCGGAUGGCAGCUCGAAACCAUACAGAGUUCAUCUGCGACCGUGUUCAUUCACACACCUCAUGGGUCUGAGCAUUCUGGCACCGAAACUCAUGCUUGCUGAUGUAGCCGUUCUUAUAGCUACUAUUGAUAUUGUAUUUGGUGAUAUUGAUCGUUGAAAAAUAUGUGUACUUUGAAAUAAGAUUAUUUAUAAGUAGCUAGUGAAAUAAAUGUGUGCGUGGUA